AUGGCAGUGGCCCAUUUCUUGGUGAGGUUUCUAUGGCUCCUUGCGCUGGCCAAUGCUUUGCCUUCAUCGGUGGUGGUCCACGGGCGCCAGGGCCGCAACAGCAACAUCAAUGGUGUGUACAUAAGAGACUACGCAUGGCGUCACAGCCUGUGCUGGAGACGUGCUGGUCAUGCUGGCAGCGGUGGUCAGGUGUUCCUCUACUUCGAGGGAGAAUGGCGCAUGGGGCCUUCACCGGAAGAUGGCAGUGUUUGGGCUUUUGCUCGCAGCCUUGCCUCAUCACCUUUGCUUAUUGACCAACCUUGGCAGGUGUGGGAUGGCCAGCGCGUCGUCCAAGAUCCACGGCUGCGAGUCAGCGACACGUCCUUGGUCCCACAGGUCCUUCUCUUGUCCUUCGGGGAGGGCAGCCCGCUGGAGCUGGGUCCACUGCAGGGGAUGCUAAUGCAGCAACCCGGCUUGUGGGACGGCAGACCCUACUACAAGCACAUGCAGCAGGAGCUCUUCCUGCUCUGCUCUCUGGCCGAGGGCUGGCGCCUGGGACCGCUGCCUCUCGGAGAGACUGCAAGGCCCCUGCUUUUCUCGCGCAGCGCUGCCGCCCUGCCACAGGAGAUCGUGGAGAGUUGGAGGGUCCCAAGCGUUGGGCCCGGAGGUGCCGACGAGCUCCCAGCAGCUUCUGUGAGGCUGGCUGCGAUGGAUUUUGGGCCACCACAGAGGCAUCAGCCGAGGCAUCAGCCGAGGCAUCUGGUCGUGGAAGGCGUCUCCGCCGGCAACGGAUCCGCCAACGGAGUGUACAGGCUCGCCUCGGAGAGCUGGAACUUGAAGCCCCUGUAUCACAAGACAGAUGCCAUUCGUACAGCAUCGCUUUGGUAUGCUGCCGGCGAUUGGCGCAUCGGACCGUCCGUCGAAGAUGGAAGGGUUUGGGUCUAUGCCACUGCGGAGUCAGCUUCGAGUGUUGACGCGAGAUGGUUUUCUUUUGCUGGCCUUGUCGAGGAUGUCCGUGUGGUUGACGCGGCAACCGCAAUUCCUACCAGCGUCAGCAUCGGUGGGACAGAUUUUGUGCAGGAGUCGCGCCUUUGCGAUGCCCGUCCAGUUUAUGUCGCGACGGGCCUCGAGGAGGUCAACAGAUCGGAGGACGGCUCGGGCUCGGGCGCUGCCAUGAAGGUUUACUUGUAUUUCCGUGCGCAAGAGUCCGAGUGGUGGUUGGGCCCAGAGGUUGGAGGCACGGACUGCCUGGCUCGGGCCACGGGGUCGCUCCUCUCCGUGGUGCCCACCACCGCCUUGCAAUGGCGCAUGGAGCCGCAGCAGGGCACCGCCGCAACAGCUGGGAGCGCUUCCGUCCCGGCCGGCGGCACGGCCCGUGAAGGUUUGGAGCUUGGGAGCGGCGAGGAUCUGCCGCCAAUGAAAGCACCGAAAGCGGUGCCGACUUGGCUUCCUCUGGUUUGUUCUCUUGCGACAGCCGCCGUUUGGUUGCUCUUGCUCCGACCGCCAAGCGAAGCCUCGGCUUCCACGAAAGAGAAGAAGCCGCGAGAGGCGCUCCCGCUCGCCUGCGUCGUCUGCCUCGAGGCCGUGGCCGGCGCAGAGCCAAACGGCCAAUGCUACAACGACACUGCAGACGCAGACAGCCGCGGUGGAGCCUCGCUCCCCGACGAGCCCAUGAGCGAGCACCCGGGUGCACCCCAUGCUUCCGUCGCAACGAUUACCGCGGCGGAUCAUGGUGGUGCUGCCCCCGCCACCGAUAACGGCGGGAGGCUUCCCGGUCCCUGCGCUGUCAGGGCCCUGGUCGAUGAAGCCAUUGGGUCGGAAGCAUCCGCGCGUAUCGCCACCGAUAUUCUGGCGAUCGCGCAGGGUGUGACCAUAGCCGACCUCGAUAUUCUGAGGAACGGCGUCUCGGACAUUGCUGAAGCACUUGAAGACAAGAUCCGAGAAAUGUGGGAGCUUCUACAGGCCGAGAUGAGGAAGGAGCGUGAACUACACACGAUCUUUCAGGACUCCGUCCGCGAUAGGCGGAUUUCGGACCAUGAAACUCUUGAAGAGCAUUUUGCGAGGCUCAACUCGAUGGUCAACGAUCGAUUCAUUGAGUUUGAUGAGCGGAUUCACCGAUUCAACGAAAAGCGUGCUGGAUCGAUAUCCAUGCAGCUUGCUGAGACGAUCCGCCACAUCAAGCAGUACCCUGAUGCGCUGCAGCAAAUUCAGAUCAAUAUCUCAAAUGCUGAGGCGCGCAUCGCUACGGUUGAGCAGAAUGCUACACACCGUAUCGAGGUCAUUAGAACCGAAAUGAGCCGUGCUCUCUACGAUCAUAAGGAGAGUAACCGGGUUCUCAUCGAUCAGCUCACUGCUCGCAUUCAGCAUCUUGAGAGUGCUCAUGUCCGCAGGGGUGGUUCUGACAUGUCGACGCCUUCGCGUCCGGAACGGACGCAGUUCUUCGACAUCAGUGACCAUGAUGGGGAUAUCCCACGUCCCGCGGACAUGCCGCCAGUUCCUGGUGCUCUAUUCCCUGGCGGACCGACUACAGCCAUUCCGAGAUCUUCUUUGUUGGGUCCGAUUGAUCAUGGCUCUCCGCCGGGAUGCAAUGCUGCGCCUGCUGAAAAGGCCUCAACGGUGCACUCUCAGACGAGUGGCAUCAAUCUUGACGAUAUUCUGAGGCGCGCGCAGCAACGAGAAAGGGACCUUCAAGAUGGUAUGAUGCAAUGCUUGGCCGAUCCAAUCUCAUUGGCAGCGGUUCUGGUGCACCUGUUCUCCAUAGCGAGACUGGCGGACCGCCGCCCGCGCAUGGCGAUGACGGUGGUUCUUUCGGUGGUGGUGGCCCCAACGAUAACGGGGGUGCAUAUGGUGGAGGUUUUGGUGGACAUGGACACCAUGGGUCCGGUUUGGGCCCUGGUGGCGGUGGUGGACCACCCAGUGGCCCGCCCGGCGGCCCGCCUGGUGGUGGUGGCCCUCCUGACGGGAAUGACUGGGAACCCGCCCGGUCCCAACGAUACGGGAUUCGGUGGACCCAAAGGCGAUGGAUCGCUGAGCGAGGCCAAGAAGGCGAAGUGCAAGUCCUUCCGACUCGAUCCCGAGCCGGAGCCCGCUCAGCUGCGGCGCUGGAUCGUCGACAUGAAGGAGCGAGUUGCAAAUGCAUUCGCGUACGAUCCCGGAUACGCACUCUCGUGGGUUGAGAUUCCCGAUGGUACACGAUAUGAAGACCUUCUUGAUGAGUGCAAGUACGGAAUGCUUGAGAAUGAAUGCAACUCUGCAUUCCGCGAGUGCGUCAAAUCCAUUGCACUAAAGAAUAAGAUCCAGACCGAAACCGAGCGCAUGCAUACGAUAAAUCGGCGACUCGGCAGUAGGCAGAUCUUGUGGUUGUUGUAUGAUUUCCUUCGACCACAUGUCACUGGCGAUUCGACCUUCAAGCUCGUCGAUCUGAUGAAGACCACGAUUGAUCGGUUUACUCAUGGAUCCGAGCAGGAGAGGCUAGAAGCCUUCUCCAAUCGGUGGGACCAUGUUCUCGCUGGUAUCUCAGUCGAUCGUCCCGAAGAUCCUGUUCUCUGCGCACUCUUCUAUGAGCAGGUACGUGAGUUCCGCUGUCUCGAGCUCGAUAUGCAAUUGUGGGACAGGGACGUGUCUGUCCGGAACUACGCGUAUUUGCGGACUGUCUGCGUCAAUGCGAUUACAACUUGGCGCCGGCGUCGCAACCAGGAGAAGAUGUACACCGCUACUCGAUCCACCUCUGCGCAAAGACGACUCAAGAAGAGGGAGUCCAUACCGAAGGAGCUCGCGGAGGCGCUCGUCGCCCAGACGAUCCUCCCCGAGGCGCGGUUCGCCGAGGCGAUACUCGCCGCGCAGUCCGGGAAGGGUGAUAAGUGUCCGUAUAAGCAUGUGAAGCCUGGUGCUCCUGCCGAGAGCACUUCUGUUGCCGCCCCUGCAAUGACAGCAUCCUCCUUUGGAGACUUUGCGUUCGCUUGUGCAGCAUCAUUCGAUAUGGCAUGUCCGUCAGUCAAGCGGAAGACAGUGUCGUUUGGGAACACUGAGACCCGCGUGAUAGAGUCUUCUUUCCCGGAGCCGGCUUUCGGCCCCGUCAAUCGCGAGAGGAAUUUGAGCUAUUCGUGGCCGGAAAAUAUCCGUGGUCUGAAUAGUGCUCGCGAGAGGCGAAGGGCCCAUAUGAAGGCUGUGCUGUGGCGAGAGCAGGUUUUGCUCGAUGACAUUGAUGCCAAAACGUUAGGAAAUGAUGCUUGUGUUCUUGAGCUCACGCUCUCUCAGCGGAGCGCUUGCGAAGUCUUUGCUGUAGUGGCCGGCCGACCUGAUCUCCCUCGUGUGUAUCCGGCUCUCCCAGCACCGAUUAUCGUCCACGAAAAGGUCGUUGCAGCUGGUGAAGAGCCUGGGAGCGAAUUAGACGCUGUCGGAGAACUUGAUCUCGAUAUGCCCAACGCCAAGAGCGUUCAGAAGAGUGCACCUGACGAUAACAAGAAGGUGCCCGAUAAGGGUAAGCCUCAGUCGCCGCCUAAUGAACCUAGAGCGCGCGAUCUGAGAGACGAGGCAAAGUCAAUCCGUCAUCUCAUGACCCAUCUCCCAAAGAACCCCUAUUGCGAUGCCUGCCAACGUGCAAAGAUGGAAAAUGUCAAAUCCUUUCGCCAAGACUCACCGCGCGAUAAAGGGUUUGAGAAGUUUGGCGAACACGUUACCAUCGACACAAUGGUGUUGCAUGGGCUCGGCAAUCGCGGGAAUAAUGGGGAGACGGAUGCUGUCGUCUUCUACGAUCUAGCAACCGAGUGGCUGGAGAGCGUUCCCGUCAAGGGAAGAACGAAUGCCGACGCGCUUCGAGCAUUUCAGCAGGUCUUUGGCGAUCUUCGAGAUGUGAACUCGUUCUCCAUGGACGUGGAAAGGAGGUAUGCACCUUCUGCGAUUCGGGAAAUCUACUGCGAUAAAGCCCGUGAGUUCAUAUCGACCUGCAAGAAAGUCGGCAUAUCUGUGAAGCACUCCACCCCGGGAAUGCCACGAACUAAUGCCAUUGCCGAGAGCAAGGUGAAGCUUGUCCUUCAUGGCGCACGAGUGGCGCUUCGACAAGCGGGAUUGAGCGCCAAAUUCUGGCCUUAUGCAUGCAAGCACUUCUGCCAUGCUCGCAACAUCGAAUUGCGCGAGGGCCAGAGUGCCUAUGCGAUGCGAUUUGGUGGUGUUGAUUUUGACGGUCAGAUUCUGCCGUUUGGUUGCCUUGUUGACUUCUAUCCUACGCCGGCACGAAAGCAGACCCGGCGGAGUCAGAGAGAUGAAGUCGUCCUCGGCGAUGGUGAGGAGUACGCCGUUCCUGCGCCUGGAGACGACGGACUGAUUGAUGUCGAAAUUGGUUUCGAUGACGAUGGUUAUCUUGAGUGGAUUGAUGAUGGAGACAAUGAUCAAUCUGGCACUCUCCAGGGCGCCGACGUUGACCAACGCUUGUCGUCUUACCAACGCCCCAGUCAAUUCUCCCCUACGAGUAAGCCUGGUAAUAUUUUUCUGGGUUAUCAUUUUGAGAACGGGGGCAAGUGGGACGGUGACUACAUUGUCGCCGAUUUGGAAGACUUCAAACGCGAUGCAUUGCGUGCGAGCGUCCAUCAAGUCAAGAAGACAUAUUGUUCACCCCAGGAGCGAUGGACGUUCCCGAUGCUCGCCGUGUACGACAAGCAGACUCGAUCAAUGUGCAUCAACGAUCCUGCGAUGCAAUCCUGUGCGCCUCAAUCUAGCGAGCGCCUUGACGCCUCUGAUAUGCUCGAACUCGAAGAUAUCGAUGAAAUAUUUGCCCUUGACGAGCCGACCCGAAUGACCGAAGAAGAUGUUCGGCGGGCUCGUGAGGCCGAGUUACGAGCCGAAUCUUCUCAUGGAGGAGGUGUCGACUACUGGGAUUAUGAUCCAUCGAGUCAUAAGUGGACUUAUCACGUAGUCGUCCCGAGAAAGGCGAUGAUUCAUCCCAGUAAGACUCCCGGAUCUCUUGGCGAAUCGCCUGAUCCGUGGAAGCUGAGCACAGUGCGUAUUUCGCAUGUUCAGUAUAAGGAUAAAAGCCCGGUUGCGAUCUAUGAAACCGGCUAUGCCUUCGGCAAGACGAGACUCAUGCAGCUCUGGACAGGCACUGUCGAAUUCUUUGAUGAUGGCUUUGCCCCAUCCAAGAAGAAGUUACCUCCUUACCAUGGGUCGGAGAUCCUGGAGGGCGAGGGGGGUUUGCCUUACCGUCAGAGUGUGCCGCGCUCCGAGCGUGUCUACAGAGGGUCUCGAAAACCGAACUCUAUCGACUCAGAAUCCUGGCGCAGCAUGAAUCGCGCCGAACGGGAGGGAUAUGUCGAGGCUGAGCGCCGAGAAGCUGAGUCUCACGCCAUGUCCCGAGAGGAUUCUCGCGAUGCCGCUCCUGUCGACAUCGCUUUCGACUCCGAAUAUGAGUCGGGUGCUGAACGACAUGAUAAGGAUUACUGGUAUCACGAUGUCGCAGCUGGCACGAUUACCCGAUUUCAUGUGAUCGAGCGCCGAGCGCGCUUUAAUCCAACCUCAGUGAAGGACUGUCCCGUCAAUCCUGCGACCUUGACUGAUUAUGGCCAUGACCGAUGGCACGGAGUUUACAUUGCAGGAUUCAUGGAGAUCAUCCGAUGCGCGAUCUCUACCAUGUCGAUGGACCGGAAAGACCGUUUUCGUUCUCGGUUCUUCUGCUAA